AUGGAUUCUUGCUCGAUAAUAAGAGAAAGCACGGAUGCGAUUAUGAUGGAUGACUCUCCCGAAGAUGAAGGGGACGUUCAGCAGGCUUGCCAAAGUGAGAUCCCGGUGGUUUCUCUGUGCCCUCCCGACAGCUCCGCCGAGGACCGGCCGACAGCCGUCCAGUCCGGAGGGGAGCUGUGCGACAGCUGCAGCAGCCUUGGCAAACCCUCCUCCUCCUUCCAGCUUUAUCACCAAGUGCCCCAGGGCCUGGAGGCCGGAGCCUACGACUCGCCGGCGCUCCGGACGUGUCCCCACUGCCGGCGCCAGAGGCCGGCCGAGCCCACCGCCCGGCGCCACUGUCGCCCCGACGCGGCCAGCCCCCGCGCCGAGGGCGGCGGGGCGGGGAGGGCGGGCCGCAGCUGCAGCUCUGGCCGGCCGGCGCCCUGCCCCGCCGCCGUCAGAUGUCACUGGCUGCACGGCUCCAACGAGGGCAGCACGCAGAAACCCAAGCAGCGGCACGUGGUGACGGUGCGAAAUGGGGGUCUUUACUGCAUCCUUAGAAGUUACUCCCAGAUGAUAGUGGACUAUCCGCUGGUGGUCCUGCUGAAUGGGGCCCUUUUAUUGCUGGGGUGCUCACUGGCUGGUUUGUUCAUCAGCCCCCUUCCAGACUUCUCAGAUCCACUGCUGGGGUUUGAGCCGCGGGGGACAUACAUCGGAGUUCGCCUGUCCAGCUUGCUCAAGCUGCAGGAGAACACGGGGCCAGGGAAAACUCUGUCCCCUUUACCCCAGCAGCUCAGUAAAAGCAGAGACAGUAACGGGAGUCAAGACGCCUCCAGAGGACGUUUUAGGAGGAUGCUGGCCACCGAUUCCUCUAUAGACAACUUCCUUUGUGAUGCCCCAGGAGAGCAUUUGGCCCAGCUGGUGUUUCGAUCAGAAAAUUCUGCCAGUCUCUGGAGCCUGAAAGCCAUCCAUGCCAUGUGUGAGAUGGAACAAUCCAGGAUUCACUCCCAGGCCCGGUUCCAGGAGCUGUGUCAGCAGCACGUGAGGGUGGAAGCCGAGGGAGCGUCCAGAGGCAGCUGUUGUCCGAGCUGGUCUCUGGGAAAUUACUUGGCUGUCCUCUCCAAUGCCUCCUGCUGCCUGAGCCUCACCUCACAGCAGGUUUCCGAAUCUUUAAAUCUUCUCCGGAAAUGCGCUCUCUACUAUCACGAAGGACAUCUAGUGGAGGCCUGUGCUGAGAGACCCAAAUAUGGCAGCUGUUCCUCUGUUCCAACACGCUGCAAGCAAUCCCGUGUGGUUUUCCAAAUCCUGCACUUCCUGGUGGACAAAGACUUUCUUGGCCCGCAGACAGUCGAAUACCAGAUCCCAACAUUGAAAUAUAGCCUUCUCUUCCUCCCUGUCAAAAAAGGAGAACACAUGAUGGAGAUAUACAUGAACAGCCUUGAGGGCAGGGGUCUGACCCACAAUAAUACAACAAUCACUGGCAUAGACUUUGGGAUUAAGAAGACUCUUUUCAAAUAUUAUCUGGCCAGAGAUUCGGUGUUCCCCGUCCUGGCUGUUGUGUCUCUUCUGGUCACUAUGGCCCUGUACCUCCACUCUUUCCUCAUUGUGGUAUUAUCUGUGCUUGCAGUCACAGGUUCACUUCUAACCUCCUAUUUCUUCUACAAAGUAGCGUUUCGCCUCACUUUCUUCCCCAUGGUCAACCUCUCGGCAGCGCUCAUUCUCUUGGGAAGUUGCUCCAAUCAGGUCUUCAUCUUUGCCGACUUCUGGAAUCUGCAGCUCACACAGAACCCGUCCGCCUCCCUGGAGAAGAGAGUAAACAGAGCUUUGCAGGAAGUUGGCUAUUUGAUAUUAGCCUCCGGGCUGACCUCCAGUGCGGUCUUUUUCUCAGGCUAUCUCAGCAGCAUCACAGCGAUCAGAUGCUUCUCUGUUUAUCUGGGAACUGCUUCCUUCAUCAGCUCCCUGUUUGCGUUGGUGUGGCUGCCGUGCUCGUUCAUCUUGCGCGAGCGCUACAGGAAGACGCCCUCCGCCUCUGUGGCGGUGCAGGGAUGGAAGCCCUGCUGCUCCAAAAACGCCGGGGGCUUCUGGGAUACCAGCUCGCGGAGAAGAUGCCUCUUCAGCUUCAUGCAGAAGCUCAGAGAGCUAAAACGGGGUCUCGCCGACACCUCCAAUUUAUUGUUUCUGAAGAUCCUGCCGUGUGGAGUGGUGAAGUUUCGGUACAUCUGGGUGUGCUGGUUUGCCGUGCUGGCAGCCGGCGGUACCUACAUGUCCUGUGUCGACCCGGGCAUGAAGCUGCCCACUCUUGACAGCCAGGUCGCCCAGCUUUUUCGCUCCAGUCACCCAUUUGAAAGAUACGAUGCAGAGUAUCGCCACAUGUUCAUGUUUGAGAGGCAGAGGAAUGGAGAGGACACCCCUGUCACAUUAACGCUUGUUUGGGGAGUCAAACCGACAGAUAAUGGGGACCACUUCAACCCAAGGAGCAAUGGUUCUUUAGUUCUUGAUGCUGACUUUAGCAUGAGUCACCCGGAGGCUCAGGUUUGGUUGCGGGACCUCUGCGGAAGGGUGCAGAACCAAAGCUUCUAUUCCCCUCCAUUGCCCGAGGACAAAGACCUAAUGACAAAUAAUAUCUGUCUGGUGGAGCAGCUGGUGCGCUGGGUGUCUGUCAGACGCUGCUCCGAAAGUGAUGACGCUUUUCAUUUCUGCUGCAACGACAUCCCCUUCCCCUACCCUCCCAGCAUUUUUGAAAACUGCCUGAGCAUGAUGCUGGCGGAGAAGCAUGCCGAGGGCCAUCUGGCUAACAGCGGAGGCCCGUACUUCCAGCCAGAUGGCAGGGUGGCUGCCCUCGUGCUGGCAUUCAGAACCACGUACCUCUACAGCUUCAACUUCAGCAGGACCAGCGUCUUUUACAGACAAAUCCUGACGUGGUUUAACAAAGAAAUAUCCAACGCACCUCCAGGGCUGGAGAACGGCUGGUUCAUCAGCCAGCUCUCUCUUUUCGACCUGCAACAGUCUUUGAGUUCGGAAACUCUGGUUGUGGCCGGCUUCUCCACAGCGCUCGCUUUAGUUUUGUUUCUCUUAACGACCUGGAACAUUCCACUGAGUUUAUAUGCCACCGUCGCCGUGGGAGGAAGUGUCUUUGUCACCGUUGGCCUCCUAGUUCUCCUUGAAUGGGAGCUGAGUGGCAUCGAGGCCCUGUUCAUAUCAUCCGCUGCGGGGUUGUCUGUUGACUUCAUUGCGAACUACUGCAUAUCCUACAGCUCAGCUCCCCAUUCGGACAAAAUAGGAAAAGUUGCACACUCCACUAAAAGAAUGGGCUGUCCUGUGGCAAUAGUUUCUAGCGCGUUUUUCUUCAUGGGGAUCGUCAUGCUGCCCGCCACAGCCCUACAUUUCAGAAGGCUUGGGAUUUUUUUGUUUUUGGUCAAGUGUGUCGCUUGUGGAUUCGCAACCUUUUUUUUCCAAUCUCUGUGCUGCUUCUUUGGGCCGCAGAAGAACUGCGGAGUGAUUUCUCUGCCAUGUUUUGCAGAGCAGGCAGAUGGCAUGCUGGCCUCUUGCUCCGAGCCCGGAGCCUCGUCGGCCUCCGCUGCUAACGGGGCCUUUGGCCAGUCCAGACUGAGGAGGAGCUAUGACAAAGAGGCGGGUGGUUUUCUCUGUCCCAACCAUCAGCAUCCUCACAGGCAGAGGGAGGGGGGAGGUGGUCUGGGCCGAAGGGCGGAGCAGUACGAGCUGCAGCCGUUGGCUUACCGCCUCAGCGACAGCUUCGAGAACAGCACCUGCACCAGCAAACUGUCCAACCGGCCCUCGGUGCUCUCCGAUGAGAUCGAGUACUGUGGCGGGGAUGCGGACAAAGACGGCAUGGACAGGGAGGGUGAAGAGAGAUGCCAGCCGCCAGCCUUCCAGACCUCAUCGCCCUACAGAGAAAACACCCAACAUCCAGCACAUCCAGACGCGGCUAGAGACAAGGUGCUUUGUAAAAGCUGCCGGGGACAGUCGGACAUUGUGAAGCAAUGGAGCAACACUUCCUGCUCCUCCUCGUCAAGCAUCGAGGACACCAUCAUCAACCACACACUGGAGACCGCCGACGAUCCUUCUCACUUCAAAGAUGAAAAUAGCUCAACGGAAGGUCAGUAUGAUCACAGAGGACACCCCUGCUCCUACUCCCAAAGCUCCGGCGAGGGUCUGGAGGAUUCCUGCGAGACAUGCCUCAGUGACGUCGAGGCAGGGCCGUCGAAUUCGCAGCCACAGGAUGGAGACUCGGAGGUUCAGCUACGGCCGGGACACCUCAACGGGAAGAGGGAUACCCUCCGGCUGUCCCUGAAGGAAACGAUGUACGAAUCCUGCGCCAAGGACCGCACCAGCCGGAGCGAAGAGGUGGUGAUUUUACCCAACAGUAAGCCAGACCUGCCAGACGUUUGGAUAAAGCGAGGUGGGCAACGGGAGGACGCAUGCUGA